GUUUAGCUUUUGUAGUCAUGAAGGACAAUAAGUUGCGAGGAAGAAGCAACUCAAAGAAUCAUUGCAUCAAUAUGAAUCAAACCAUACUCUUACUUCCUUCUAUUACCUUCUUUCUAAUAUUGGUAGUAAGAACUUGUAGUUCAGUAGAUACCAUAACUGUGUAUCAAAACAUCACAGACGACGAGACGAUUGUUUCGGAGAAUGAAACAUUUGAGAUGGGUUUCUUUAACCCUGGAAGUUCAAAAAAACGAUACCUGGGGAUAUGGUUUAAGAACACAUUACCUCUUACAGUUUUAUGGGUUGCUAACCGAGAAACUCCACUUAUCAACACCUCGGGAAUGGCCAGGUUGGACAGCCAAGGGAUCCUGUCUCUAGUCAAUGGCGACGAUACGGUCAUUUGGUCAUCCAACUCCUCAGCAUCUGGCACAGAUAUUGUCAAUCCCAUUAUGCAACUCUUGGAUACCGGCAAUCUAGUAAUUAAGGAUGAAAAUCAUGUCAGCAACGAAAAUUUCAUAUGGCAAAGUUUUGAUUACCCUGGAGAUACCUUCAUAUCAGGAAUGAAACUGGGCAAGAACCUCAUAACGGGAAGAGAUGUAUACCUGACAUCAUGGAGGAGUGCAGAUGAUCCUUCCCCAGGUGAGUAUACAGUCAGGUUUUUAAUGGUUAAGGGUAAAUAUCCUCAACAAUAUAUUAGAAAAAACUCGGUAAUUGAAGCAAGGGUCGGGUCGUAUAAUGGUAUAGCGUUUGCUGGCCAGCCACCAUCCCAAGUUGAUAUGGUUUUCAAUUCAAAGGAGAUGUAUUUUGUGUAUACUUUUAAUAGCACCGGAUACUUGCUAAGGCUGAUAGCAACUCCUGGUGGCAAGAUUGAGACCUGGCAGCUAAAUCUGCAGACCCGAGAAUGGAUGCAGGUUCAUUUCACCUUACCCCUGGAUCAUUGUGACAAAUAUGGACGCUGUGGUCCAUAUGGAAGCUGUARUAUUGAAGCUUCUCCCAACUGUGGCUGCUUGAAAGGGUUUGAACUAACAAACCCAGAAGAAUUGAGUCAUGAUAAUUGGACUAGUGGAUGUCGCCGGAUUAGAGCCUUGGAUUGUGGGCCUGGAGAGGGAUUUCUCAAGUAUUCGAGCAUGAAAUUGCCAGACACGCAGAAUGCUGUGUUUGAUGGCAACAUGAGCCUCCAAGAAUGUGAGGUAGCUUGCAAGGUUAAUUGCUUAUGCACCGCCUAUGCAAAUCCUAACAUCACUCAAGGUGGAAUUGGAUGCUUGCUAUGGUUUGGUGAUUUGAUUGACGUACGAGUGUACACACUAAACGGGCAAGAUCUCUAUGUUCGACAGGCGGCCUCUGAGUUGUUAGACCACCGUUCCAGCUCCCACAGAAGGAAACAAGUAACUAUCCAAGUUAUUUUGCCAAUAUCAGUAGGCGUAGUUGUGUUGGGCCUGAUAUUGGCACGCUACAUUUGGGGUAAGAAGAGGAGAUCAGAUACCGAAAGAGAAGCUAGAGCAGGUAAGGUCCUUGUUAAAGGUCACCAAAGUAACAGCAAGGCUGGAAGUAUAGAGGUGCCAUUGUUUAGCUUAUCAACAAUUUCUCGGGCUACCAACAACUUUUCUAUUGAUAACAUCCUCGGAGAAGGCGGGUUUGGUCCCGUGUACAAGGGUGUUCUAGAGGAAGGACAAGAGAUUGCUGUAAAGCGGCUCUCAAAGUCUUCUACACAAGGACUUGAUGAAUUUGAGAAUGAGGCUAUAUGCAUUGCUAAGCUUCAGCAUCGGAAUCUUGUGAAGCUCUUAGGAUACUGCAUUCAAGGCGACGAGACAAUGCUCAUUUAUGAAUACAUGCCUAACAAAAGCCUCAACCUGUUUAUAUUUGACAAUUUAAGGAAGUCAUUACUUGAUUGGCCACAACGCUUCCACAUUAUCCAUGGGAUUGCCCGAGGUCUUCUUUAUCUGCAUCAAGAUUCCCGACUUAGAGUUGUGCAUAGGGAUUUAAAAGCAGGUAAUAUCUUGCUCGACAAUGACAUGAAUCCAAAGAUAUCAGACUUCGGUUUGGCUAGAAUGYUUAAAGGAUAUGAGAGUGAAGCAAAUACGAAAAGAGUGGUGGGAACGUUGUAAGAAUUAUAUUCCUCAACCUUACAUUGUUUGAUAAAUUUUAUAAUAUUUKCCUUUUUGUCUAUUGAUUUGCAUGGUCCUAAUUUCUACUCAGGGGCUACAUAUCUCCAGAAUAUGCAGUGAAUGGUUUGUUCUCAGUAAAAUCGGAUAU